AGCAGUUGCCACAAGGGUCAGUUACCAAGGUCCGAAAGCGAUGCUCGGGGUGUGGUCCAUGACAGCGAACGACGCGCGGGGCGCCUUUAGCAUGGCCGAGCUCAACGAGGCCACGUCCAACCACGUCGCGACCGCGUCGUUUCGAAAGGACUACCUCGCGUACUGCAAGCUCAUGGCACUCGUGCCCCACCCCAAGCUCUUGCCCAACUUUGACGAAGAGGACAAAGACUGUCUUCACCAGAACUACGACGAGUCGGACGUGGCCACCGUCACGGUGCGCAACUGGAUGCUGGACAUGCCAUCGCUCCUGCUCAUGGACUUGGCGCUUCAGCGGGCGACGUCAGUCCACACACUCGUCCUCUUCAACGUGUCCUUGACCGUCCCGCAGCUUCAGUUUGUCUGCACGCAGCUACCGUCGACAAGCCUCAAGACUCUGCACUUGGAGUGGAAUGACGUGCCGCCGCCGCUCAGCACAGACACCAUCGCCGAGGACCACACCGCGUGCUUUGCCAACUUGCUGGCGGCGCCGACGCAGCUGACGCAGCUUUCGCUCCGCGCCAACGGCAUCUCGGCCGAGGGCGCCAUAGCGUUGGCGGAUACGCUCAAGCAGAACGCGACGUUGACGCAGCUCAACUUGUUCCGGAACCGCAUUGGCGAUGCCGGGGUCGAGGCGCUCGCGCAAGCGCUCUCUGAGAACAAGACGCUGCAGCACCUCUCGGUCGCCAACAAUGGCGUCUCGGGCGCCGGCGCGCUGUCUUUGGUGCGAGCCAUCACACGCUUUGUCGUGUCGGAAGCCCAGCUCAAGCAACUCGCCGACAUGGAAGUGCUUGUCCAAACGGCGCUCGAGACGGCCAAGAAGCAGAAAAAGAAAUCGACCGCACCGACGUUCUCAGAGAGCUCAACAUGAUUGAAACCGAGAGUAUUGACGGCGUAGUGUACGGCCUCGGCAACAGCACGCUGCAGUCGAUUUCGCUCAGCGGCAACGAGCUCUCGGAUGUCGAGCGCGACCUCCUCCCGCUGCAGCAGCUACUGGAAGCGUUCGACGAGAAGCUGCAGACGCAUUUUGCAGGUCUCAAAGUCCAGCGCAUGUUUACGCCCGGCCAGCUCACUGGCUUGAGCAAGCCGCUCUCAACCUUUCUCGUACUCUAAAACCAAAAGCUAC